UCUCACUCUUUUUUUCUGGCUCGUCGCCGUUUUCCCUUUCCGGUUUAUUUGCCUUUUUCUUCCCUCUGAAGUUAGUUUUAUUUUCUAUCUUUGUCAUGUCAACGGCGGCCGAGAUGGAGCCAUUGACGUCGGGAGCAAGCAAUCGCAUUAUCCCGAUCCUGAGAACCCUCAGGGCGCCGCUGAUUUUCCUCCAAUCUUUAAUUCUGUAUCUCGUUCUGUUCCUCUUUCCUCUGCGCCGCCGCCGCCGCUCUCGACAGAUAAUUCCGGAGGCGGCUACUUCACCUCAGUCGCCGAUGAAAAAUUUUAGGCGAAGGUCGGUUUGGAGGCGUGAUGAGGAGGAUACUUUGAGAAGGAGAGCUCUAGCUGAGGAUUUGGAUAUGGGGUUCGAAACCGGGGACGGGGAAAUCCGAUGCCGUUGGAGCACCUCUCUCUUCUUUGGCGUUCGAAGGAAUGCUUUAUUUUGCCGGUCGUGGUUUCCUGUUACCGGCGAAUUGAAGGGUAUUUUGAUUAUCAUACAUGGGUUGAAUGAGCACAGUGGAAGGUAUGCUCAAUUUGCAAGGCAACUAAACUCAUGUAACUUUGGUGUAUAUGCCAUGGAUUGGAUAGGUCACGGUGGAAGUGAUGGAUUGCAUGGAUAUGUACCUUCACUUGACCACGUUGUCGCUGAUACUGGGGCGUUUUUGGAAAAGAUCAGAUCAGAAAAUCCAGAUGUACCUUGUUUUCUUUUUGGCCACUCUACUGGUGGAGCUGUGGUUUUAAAGGCUGCUACCUAUCCUCAUAUUGAAGAAAUGCUUGAGGGAAUUGUGCUAACAUCACCUGCUUUGCGUGUUAAGCCAGUACAUCCUAUUGUUGGGGCUGUGGCUCCCAUUUUUUCUCUGGUUGUUCCCCGGUUCCAGUUUAAAGGUGCAAACAGGAGGGGAAUUCCAGUUUCAAGGGAUCCAGUGGCAAUGUUAGCCAAGUACUCAGAUCCAUUGGUCUAUACAGGACCCAUAAGGGUCCGAACAGGGCAUGAGAUAUUACGAAUUUCAUCAUACUUAAUGCGGAAUUUUAAGUCUGUGACAGUCCCUUUCCUUGUUCUCCAUGGAACUGCAGACAAAGUCACAGAUCCACUAGCCUCCCAGGAUCUCUACAAUGAGGCAGCCUCUAAGUUCAAGGACAUAAAGCUCUACGAAGGCUUCCUGCACGACCUCCUCUUUGAGCCAGAAAGAGAAGAGAUUGCUCAGGACAUAAUUGACUGGAUGGAGAAGAGGUUAGGUGCCAGAGCUGAAAACUCAAAUGCUCUAUGAUAAAUUGGCUUCAGGACAGAUCAAAUGUUUUUCAUUUAGGUCAAUUUCACUGAUUUGGAAGGGCGUACUGAAGUGUGUUUUUUUCAUCUUGGGAGCUCAAUUCAUCCCACAUGUAAGUUUAGGGAGAGGGCUUUUCAGUGAAAUUUGUAAAUAUGAAUUGACACCAGAGAUGUGAAAUGGCUGUGUUCAAAAUAUCAUCCUUUUUGUCAUUUUGCUGAAUAAGAUUUAUUUUCUGUG